AAUUACGUGGGGGGCUUUAAUUUGGAACGUUUUCGAAAUUCCUUGACCCGGAAGUACAUUUUUUGUGUUGCUGACGAGCCGCUGAUGAUGAUGCCACGCUAAAGUGCUGUUCACACAAGUUUGCCAUGAUGAUUUCUAAUGAGACGAGUUCAUAAGCUCUCACAGACCCCUGUAGAUCCUCACCUGCGGUGUUCUGUUCAUCAUGAUUACUCCAGCGUUUGAGUUGAGCCAGGACCCAACUUUCCUAAUCCUGAUCAUCCGUGUGCCCUACACUAGAACAUCAGAGUUUGAUCUCUACAUCGAUGGAGAUGAUUUCAAAUUCUAUGCCAAGCCUUACUUCCUCAGACUGACCUUACCUGGAAAGAUAGUGGAAGAUGGGAGGGAAAAGGCCACUUUCGACAUUGAUAAAGGUCUUUUUACCCUGCACGUCCCCAAGGAGACAGCAGGGGAACACUUUGAAGGGCUCCAGAUGCUGACUAGUCUCCUGGCUCCCAAAGGCUCCCGCUCAGCCAAGCCUCUGGUGGAAGACAUGGAAGCGUGCAGUGGAAUUGUGGACGGUGAGGAAGAGGAUGACGAAGAGGAGUUUGACUGGCAGGUUGAGCAGGAGGUGUACAUGGACACCUCAGAGGAGCAGCUGAAGGAACUGCAGAAGUAUGGCUUUGGGAGUCAGAGGUCUGGAGUGUUCACUCGACUGCAGGAGGAGCUGAGUGAUGUCAUCGACAUCCAAAACCCAGAUAGAACCACAGGGUCAGAGAGGAGAAGGAAACGACUGGACGCUGAGACGUCCAUAUUCUGCCCUGACCAUUACCUUGCUGACCUGUUUGAGGACGAGGAGAUCCAGGGUCUGCUGAAGUUCCUCCCUUGGUGGUCUGAUCUGUGCCCAGACUCCAUCCGGCAGGGAGAGGCAGCGGUGUCCUUCACUGAUGAUGAGAAGGAGCAGCUAAGAAAGUUUACCAACCAUUCCUACAUCCUGGACAAGAAGUCCCGUUUCCAGGUGUGGCUCAGCCUGGUGGACAUCAUCCUGGCAUACUGCUACGAAUUGCGCACUACAGAGGGAGAGCACAAUGUUGAAUCACCGUGGACCAUCAGAAAACUAAGUGGGACUCUCUGCUGGCUUGAGACAUACAGCUCGAUGCAGGAGGUCUUGGUGUCCUUUGGGAGGAGGGUGUUGUGUUACCCGCUCUACAGGCACUUUUCUCUGGUCUCUGCAGCCGUGCAGGAUGCGGCUCGGGUCUUCCAGUCAGGGAAAGCCUGCGUCCUGAAGUGCUUGUUGGAUAUUCACAAAGUCUUCCGGGAGAAUGAACCGGCCUACAUAUUGAACGACCUCUACAUCACAGACUACUGCGUCUGGAUCCAGAGGGUCAAGUCCAGGAAGGUGACAGCUUUGGCCGAUCCCUUACGGAAAGUAUCCCUACGGAAAAGAGACCUGGAUUUGGAGUUGGAGGUGCUGGAGACGGCAGCGACGCUGGUAGAGGAAGAAGAGAAGGUGGAGGACGGGGGGAAAAGCCCCAGUAGAACUCCUCUGUCACACAUCAGAGAGGAGUCCGACAGCAACGACAGUAGCAGCGACUCGUCUGAGGAGAGUGAGGACUCUGAAGCUGAAGGGAAGGACUGUGCUGACAGAACAGAGGGAGGAGGAGAGAGAGCCGAGGCCAUCCCCAUACAUCCCCAGCCUGCUGCCCCUCCCGUCCACCAGGAGUCCUGUGCUGUUCUCACAUCAUCCGAGAGGAAGCCCAGCACCCUCCCAUCUGCUGUGUCCUGCCCCAGACAGCUGAUCCAGGAGCUGGGAGAGAGGGUGGAGGAGGGGCUGUGGAUUUCAGCACAGCCUCAGGGCAGCAGGCAUUCCAGGAGCAGUGCACAGGGAGAGGCAGAGAGAGACUGUUCACAGCCUGCGACUGCCACAGCCACUGCAACAGAUACUGCCUGCACAGGGGCUUUCCUAGAGCUGAGUCCUCGCAGAAACCCUCUUCUGAUUGUCAAAACAGAUACUGGUGAUUAUCUUGAUGAGGAUGAUAUCGAUGAGGAUGACUAUUAGCAGAUGUCACAGAAAACAUGUCGUUAAGGAACUUUACAUGCAUGCAUGACAGCUGAUGUCACGGAUGCUUAUUUGCCCACAAUCAAUAAUAACUUCUGUAUUGUUAUUUUUGUAUUUUCUUACUUCUAAAAUGGAAAUGUUGAUUAAUUUAUAGAUACAUAGCAUGGCUCAUUUUAGUGUUAUAGCUCACUUGAGGAGUUUCAAAAGCUUCCAUACUUUGUGUCUAUGUGCAAAGCUUUUCAUACCAAGCUAAGCAUUUUGUUAAUAAAACUGAUUAUAUGAAUUA